AUGAAGAUCCUCAUCACCGGCGCGGCCGGUUUCGUUGGCCAGCUUCUCGCCAAGACGCUGCUCAACGACCCCACGGGCCAACACACCCUCGUCCUCACAGACAUUGUCGAGCCCCCGAUCCCCGCGGGCGUCCAGCACCCCCAGAACGCGACGUGUCUCCAGGCCGACCUGCUCACGCAGUCGGACGCCGUCGUCAGCAAGGACCUCGACGCCGUCUUCAUCUUCCACGGGAUCAUGUCGUCCGGGUCCGAGGCGGACUUUGACCUCGGCAUGCGUGUCAACUUUGACGCGACGAGGAACCUGCUAGAGACACUGAGGACGGUCUGCCCCGGCGUCAAGGUCCGGUACACCUCCUCGCAGGCCGUCUACGGCGGACCGGUCCCGACACCAGUGUCCGAGGCGGUGCGGGCCACGCCCGAGUCGUCGUACGGCUGCGCCAAGAUGAUGUGCGAGUACCUCAUCACCGAGUACCAUCGACGGCAGUUUGUCGACGCGCUGGUCUUUAGGCUGCCGACAAUCUCGGUACGACCGGGGAAGCCUACCGCCGCGGCGAGCUCGUUCCUCAGCGGCAUGAUCCGAGAGCCCAUGCAGGGGAUCGAAUGUGUCAUCCCCAUCCAGAACCGGACGUAUGAGCACAGGCUAUGCUCGCCGGGCACGUUGGUCGGGAACCUGGUGCAUUCGCUGUCGCUGGACAGGCAUGUCCUGCCCGAGUUUGACAGGGUCAUGACGCUGCCGGGCAUCACUGUCACCGUGCAGGACAUGAUGGACUCGCUGGCCAGGGUGGGCGGGGAGGACAAGCUGAAACUCCUAAGAGAAGAGGAGGACGAGGCGCUCAAGAGGAUCUUGUACUCGUGGCCGGCGGAGUUUGACUCGAGAAGGGCGCUGGGACUUGGUUUCAAGGCGCCUGGGUCCAUGGACGACAUUGUCCGCGAGUUCAAGGAGUACUUGGCGCAGUAG